UGUCAACUGUAAAUGUGUUAUUUGUAAAUUGACAAUUGGUCCUUAUCAUGUUGUAGAGUUUAAAAUUAUUUUAAGUUAAAGUUCACAUUAAUAUUAAAUUAUCGUAUAAAUUACAAGUAAAGAAAUGAAAAGUAUAAAAAACGUUUUCGCAUCAAAGUUUCGUUUAUUAAAUUCUCAAGAGAACAGCGAAGAGAUAAUUUGGUCAAGUGAUUCCAGUGACAACGAAACAUCUUACAAAGAAAACAGCCUCAAUAAGUGCAACAAAAUUAUAAACAGGAAAAGAAAACGUUCUAAUAAAAGACAUUUCAAUGUUUCCAACCUAGACAUAUCUUUCACCGAGUCCCAGGACGUUGCGAAAAGUUCGAAAAUAGAUGCAAUUUGUAAAAAUAAUGCAGUAUCACCAAUAAUUAGUUCAGGAAAUAUUAAAAAGACUCUUGCAUUAAGUCCGAUACUUCCGUUGAAACGUGACUCCCCUCAAAUAAAAGUAAAAAAGAAAUUAUUCAGCACUAGCCAAGAGCAUAACUAUGAACGAAGUUUAUCCGAAGGAUGCAAUACAUUAAAAAAAAGUAAUAGAACCUUAAAAGAAUAUACUACAAAUAAUGCUGGCGACUUCAGCCGAGUUAAUCGAUUACAAACAAAUGAGUAUAUAAUAAGCGAAACCUCGAAUAAGUUAAAAGACAAGGUUAAAUCAUAUUUUGAUAGUAAUUUCAGUUCCGGAUCAACUCAACACUCGAUAAGUGAAUACGAAACUGAGAGUACAGCCAGCAAUGACUUAGAAAUAACCAGUUCUCUGACCCAAGUGAUGCCAGUUAAUCUGGAAUCGAAAUCCUCCUCUGACAGCCUAACAAAUUUAUACGACAUAGAGGCUAAAUCUAAAAAGGUCAAAUAUAAAAAAGGUGGACUUUCGCACAGAUUGAAUGUGCUUUUAAAAAAACAAAACUCGUCUUUCUCGUUGUGGCACCAUGAGAAGUUCCUGGCGGUAAAUUCGAACUUUGUAAUACCCAGGGAAGAUUUCUUUGUGUACCGAGUAAAGAAUGUCACUUGUAAAUAUGGUGUGACUUUAUUAAAUGCAACCGAUGAUAAUAAUUUAAAUUAUUUGAUUGUAAUAAACAAUAUGUACAUUAAAAAUGAUUUGUUAGAAAGAAAUGUCAUUUUUAAACUCUACAGACCUUUUAAAAUAAUACACUCUGAUAAAUAUAAGGUAGUGGUGAAUGUUUGUAAAUUUGAAUGUACAGGCAUUGGGAGUUGAGCUGUGAUAAUAAAUAUAAAUUUUCAUUAUUAAA